AUGCACCUCGAUAUCAGUGCGGUAGAUAUAGUUUGGGGUUGGGUCAACGGACGCGAAUGGGAUUACAAAAUCGGUAGCGUACUUGUCGUUCGCAAAGAUGGAAGAGACGUUACCCCUCAACAAGUCGAGGCACAUGCCAAGUUCUGUUACGACGUAAUUGAGCCCGCGGUCAACGAUCAGAAUAACCUAGAUGCGCUGGAAGAUUAUUUCAGUGGGAGAGGAGACUGCACCGCCGAGGAGGUGGCGAGGGGGAAAAAUGAAAUGGCGAAAGCCCUCAUGUGUAGAGCUAAGUUCGAGGAGUUCUUCGAGAAAUUUCGUGGCGAGAAGUUGGCUGAUGGUGAUGGAACAUGGGAGCAUGCUGUCUCGCCUUACGAGAUGUGA